ACAAAAAGGCUGAGUUAUCGUUGUUGCUGUUGCCGCACAUAUUGAUUCCACCACCGCAACGAGGCUUAAAAGCUCCUAGAAUGAGUCGGGAGGGAUGUAGUGUCGAAUCAGAUGUUUGUGGAUAUGAAUGAGGAACAGAUGAGUGUCCCUGAAGCAGUUGCUUCUCUACAAAAAAACGUAUGGGCAGGCAUAGACAACUUCCCACCCCUACUUUUUCGUCUUAAUAAAAUUUAUUAUAUCAAGUUGGAUGAUCGGGCCAUCGAACUUCGUGAUGCAGCUUGUUUUUGUGGUGCGAUGGAGUUUUUGUUUAAGUGUUUUUAUGUGUUUAAUUUAAGUUAUCCACACGAAAUAAAGCCAGUUUAUGGUCUGCUUGAGCAUCUCAUGCAGAUCAAUAUUUCGAUCGGAAAAAGUGCCGCUUUAUCAGACUUCUUGGAAGCAAUGACUUAAAAGUUUGUACUAAAGAACUAAAAACAAUUACUUAUUUAUUUUAGUAGAAAAAAAUUAUUAAAUUUUUUAGUUA